UAAACUUAAUACAGUUUUAAAUAGUUAAAAAGUAGUUUUCAAGUGACAUAAACCACACCAGGUACAAAUCUUGUUACUUUCAAGGGUUUGCCAAGUUAUUUCCAAGAUAGUUUUUAUAUACAUGAUAUAUGUAUAUCCCUACUGACUGACACUUGUUAAAAAGGAAUGGCCUCAUUCUUAGAAGUAACAUGAUGUUUAAAAUAAACUCUGAUUUCUAAGGAAAAUGUUCAUUAAUACAUGGCAAGGAGAUAUUCAAGUUUAUAAUUGUAGGAUUUUAAAAGUUGAGCUUUAAUGGUAGAGUACCAGAAGAAUUUUGUAAUUAAGUGUGCUUGAAUAACAUUACUGAAAAGAUGCCAGUGUAUAGGCCGGUAUGGCUGAAAAAUGUAGUAAGCUAACACUUGAUAUAAUUUUUUAUGUAAGAUAGUUGAGUUAUUGGAAGAGUUUAGACAUUGUUUUAUUUCACAAUUGGGGGUGAGAGUAAAAGCCUCAUAGGGAAAGCAUCUUUAGAUAAAAUACUUACUGAGUUUGGAGUGUGAUCUUGGUGAUCUCCAUAGUUUGGAGAAAAUUAGCUUUAUGUAUUUGAAAGAGGAUGAGGGUGUUUUCCUUUUUCUUUUUUUUUUAGACAGAGUCAAACAGCUCAGGCUAUUGAUCCUCCUGCUUCAGUUUCCUAAAUACUAGGAUUAUAGUCACGGACUACCAUACCCUGCUAAUUAGGAAUUAGUAAGGCAGUUUCCGCCAGCCAUCAUUGCUUGUUAGGUGUUGCCUAGUCUUGGCAUGUAUGUUGGGUAGGGAGAGGACUUCAGAAACUACAUUUAUAAAGGCAUGUCCACUAGAGGAACCAAGGUGGACAUGUCACAGCCACCUGACACACCGGUUCCAGGUGUACCUACAGUUACAUGCAUGACCCAAACAGCAUACACACAUGCAGGAGUGAAUAGCAACUUGAAAGUAAACUUCUCGUUUAAGGCUCCCUAUUGGACAGACAGUAGGAAAAUGUUUAUAGGAGGCCUUAGCUGGGACACCACAAAGAAAGAUCUGAAGGACUACUUUUCCAAAUUUGGUGAAGUUGUAGACUGCACUCUGAAGUUAGAUCCUAUCACAGGGCGAUCAAGGGGUUUUGGCUUUGUGCUAUUUAAAGAGUCGGAGAGUGUAGAUAAGGUCAUGGAUCAGAAAGAACAUAAAUUGAAUGGGAAAGUCAUUGAUCCCAAAAGGGCCAAAGCCAUGAAAACAAAAGAGCCUGUCAAAAAAAUUUUUGUUGGUGGCCUUUCUCCAGACACACCUGAAGAAAAAAUAAGAGAGUACUUUGGUGGUUUUGGUGAGGUUGAAUCCAUAGAGCUCCCUAUGGACAACAAGACCAAUAAGAGGCGUGGGUUCUGUUUUAUUACCUUUAAGGAAGAGGAACCAGUGAAGAAAAUAAUGGAAAAGAAAUACCACAAUGUUGGUCUUAGUAAAUGUGAAAUAAAAGUAGCCAUGUCAAAGGAACAGUAUCAGCAACAGCAGCAGUGGGGAUCUAGAGGAGGGUUUGCAGGAAGAGCUCGUGGAAGAGGUGGUGGCCCCAGUCAAAACUGGAACCAGGGAUAUAGUAACUAUUGGAAUCAAGGCUAUGGCAACUAUGGAUAUAACAGCCAAGGUUACGGUGGUUAUGGAGGAUAUGACUACACUGGUUACAACAACUACUAUGGAUAUGGUGAUUAUAGCAAUCAGCAGAGUGGUUAUGGGAAAGUAUCCAGGCGAGGUGGACAUCAAAAUAGCUACAAACCAUACUAAAUUAUUCCAUUUGCAACUUAUCCCCAAACAGCGGGAACUUCAUUGCAGGCCCUGUGUCGCGCUGACUUCACGAUUCUCACAGGCCCGCUCAAUGCGGACAGGGUACGAGAUGCUCACGCUCUCGAAUGCUGCCGUUUGGUAUGGUCUCUUCCAACAUCCUGUAUCAGCAUUAUAAAAUAAAGUGGAUACUUCAAGCUUUGCCUUCACUUAUUUCUUUGCUUUUUAAAAACUAUUUGUAAUGUAAUUUUAAUGCAUUUUUUACAGGCCCAGUAAUGGUUAAAUACGUCAGCUUACUGAAUAAUUUUAACUAUUUAUUCUUCUAAGGAUACAGCUUGUCUCUGGAUUUUCCAGUCUUAAUUUAUAUUUUAUUAAUCUAUUUUAAUGCUUGCUUUUCCCAUUUAUAGACGUUGUAGCAGUAAUUGCAAGAAGUUCUUGAGCUGAAUUCCUGUUGUGACAACUGCCUAUUGUAUCUAUUGAUUACUUACAAUAAGAUAACUUUUUCUUCUAGUCAGAGAUAACUCCUCUAUAACUUGUGAUGAACAAGAGAUAUGCUGAUCCAGUAAAAUAAGUUUAAAUAGUAGAUGCUCUUGGGUCAAAAUGUCCUUUUAUCAAAAAUUGACUGGCCUUUUAUGAGUUCUUUAGGUAAUACUUUUUGAAAAUCUUUUUGUAAUUUUAAAGAAUCUUGAUGAGAGCAUAUCAUAUCUUAAACCAGUGGUGCACAUGUGGAUUUACAGCUCAUGGACUCUACUGUUCAGCUUUAAUUUAUAAAACAUACCCACACAUUUAAUGUUAUAUACAGUAUUUACAUGUAGUGAAACAUAGGGAUAAUUCAGUUUUAUGUAAGUUUUUGCUGAAGUAUCAUGGCCUGCCCCGAGUGACUUUGUCCCUUUUUCUUUGUCCCCAGGUGGUGAAGCAGUAUUUUCCAAUUUGAAGAUUCAUUUGAAGGUGGCUCCUGCCACCUGCUAAUAGCAGUUCAAACUAAAUUUUUUCUAUCAAGUUCCCGAAUGGAAGUAUGACGUUGGUCCCUCUGAAGUUUAAUUCUGAGUUCUCAUUAAAAGAAUUUGCUUUCAUUGUUUUAUUUCUUAAUUGCUAUGCUUCAGUAUCAAUUUGUGUUUUAUGCCUCCCUCCCUCCCCCUCAGUAUUGUAGAGCAAGUCUUGUGUUAAAAGCCCAGUGUGACAGUGUCAUGAUGUAGUAGUGUCUUACUGGUUUUUUAAUAAAUCCUUUUGUAUAAAAA